GCCGUGCGGUGGUUUAGUGCCGUAAGGAAACGGGUGUUUGUGGGCAGUGGGGUGCUGGUGGGGCUGGGGGUGCUCGGGGUCGGGCGCUGUGCUGGGACAGGACCUGGAGCAGCCCUCGGGCACCCCCUGCACUGCUCACAGAGGGCAGAUCCGGAUCCGGGCGCGCUGCUCAGGGCGCAACACUGAGUCACGGCCGCGCCACCGCCUCCGCCGCGCAGGUCCCAUCCUGCACCGCCAGCCCGGCAGGCAGCGCAGUGCGUGGGGCCGCGUGGGGUGCACGGAGCUGUGCCGAGCGCUGCGCUGUAUGGGUGACGGCAUCGCCCGCAGUGCUGCACCCCCCUCGGUGGCACAGUUCAGGGCACAGAGGCACCGCACCCUGCGCCCUUGGGACCUUCUUGCACCGUCUCACCUUGGGGUCCCGGUGGUGUCACACCACCAUUGGCACCACAGUGGUUGUGGGGUGCCCUCAGCGUCUCCGCUCUGCAGGUGCUGGUGGCCGUGGUGGGCGCUGCUCCUGGCCUGGCUCAGCCUGGGCUGCGACAUCGGCACCGCACAGGUCCCAGCCCCAGGGGGAGUGGUGUGGGGCCCUGAGCCCCCCACCCACACUCGGCCCCACCUGCAGCCAGCCCAGGGUGUGUGGGGGCCGUGGGGGCCGUGGAGCGCCUGCUCCAGCUCCUGCGGGGACGGCGUCGCGCUCCGCACCCGGAGGUGUCUGCGCUCUGCCGAGGAGGAGCCAUGCACAGGGGACCAGCGGCAGUACCGGCUCUGCCAGCUCCAGGGCUGCCCUGAUGGUUCAGUGCCAUUCCGUGCCAUGCAGUGCUCCCUAUACGACGACAAACCCGUGCAGGGCAUGCAGACCCGGCACCGCUGGGUACCCUUCUAUGGAGCCCCCAACGUCUGUGACCUCAACUGCUUGGCUGUGGGGCACAACUUCUACUACACCUUUGGCCGCGUGCUGGAUGGCACCCGCUGCGGGCCUGGCUCCGCGGACCUGUGCGUCGGUGGGCGCUGCCUGAGCGUCGGCUGUGAUGGGAUCCUGGGCUUGGGCGCACAGCCCCGUGUCUGCAGCCGGUGCGGUGGCGGGCAGGAUGGGUGCCUCUUCGUGCACCGGCUCUUCCAGGACACGGAGCCCUUCUCCGGUCAUUUUGGGUACAUGAAUGUGACCAAGAUCCCCGCUGGGGCCACCAACAUCAAGGUGACGGACAAGAGCCGCAACUUCCUUGCCCUGAUGAGGAGCGACGGGCGCUACGUGCUCAAUGGGGACUGGUCCAUUGCCUGGCCGGGGCCCUACGAGGUGGCUGGCACACAGCUGCUCUACGCCCGCAGCCCCGAUGGCACUGAGAGCCUGGAGGCACCGGGACCCACGGACGAGGACCUUCACGUGCUGGUGCUGCUGCAGGAGCCCAACCCCGGCAUCGAGUACGAGUUCUGGCUGCCCCGCGGGCACCCCCAGCACAGCAUGGCAGAUACCAGUGCCCUGCGGCAGCCCCAGCCCCGUGGGGCCGGCAGCCCCCCACCCGCUGAGGCCCCGCUCCCCACGCUGCCCCCCAGGGCUCAGAGCCCCAUCACAGAGCCACUGCCACCGCGAAGCCCCCCCGGGGUCAGGGCUGCUGCAGGGCGAUGCGGGCGGUGCCGCCCACCCAAGGGACGCUCCCAGCGCAUCCGGCACUUCUGCCAGAGUGACUUCGUGUUCCGAGCGCGGAUCCUGGCGCGGCGCUCGGUGGGGCAGGAGAUACGCUACGAGGUGCAGGUGGUGACUCCGUACCGGCACCGCUUCCCCAUGGUGCCGCGGGAAUACGUGUGGGUGCCCGACACGUGCGGCUGCCCCACGCUGCUGGGGGGCCACGACUACGUGCUGAUGGCUCGGCGGCACGUCAACUACGAGCACACCCUGAACCGCAUCCUGCUGCAGCGCGACGGAUACGCAAGGCCCUGGUCGCCCCGCGAGGAGCGCGCGGUGCGGGGUGCAGGACAGCACUGCGCCCACCCGCCGUGAGGCUGCGGGGAUGGGCUGCGGGAAU